UAAAAGAUUAGUUCGACGGGAGCGAUCGAAAUGGCCAGCGAGGAGACCGAAACCUCAGAGUUCCUAAAAGACAGAAGGGGGCCUGAGAAGCAGGAAGAAAACUCGGAUACUACGUGUGGUUUCUGGAGGUUCAAAGGUCCCACCCUGCAAAGAUUUGCUAGUGAGAAUCUAUACAUGGUUAUCUAUGGGAUUGCUGGCUGCUUUCUAGCAAUAGCCUUCUCGUACUUUAACGGAACACUCACCACUCUGGAAAAGCGUUACAAAAUACCCACUAAGAUAACCGGAAUCAUUUCGGUGGGAAAUGAUAUAAGCACAGUUUUUUGCUCGGCCUUCCUGGCCUACUACGCCGGCCGAGGACAUCGACCGCGUUGGAUUGGUUUUGGUCUCAUUAUUUUGGCGAUUUUCUGCCUUCUCAUGCUCUGCCCGCAGCUUAUCUAUGGACCAGGCGAGGAUGCCCUGAAGCUGACACGAGAAUAUGGUGAAUCCAUCGAUCAUACUCUUAAUGGCACUAAGCGAGAUGAAGCCCUUUGCCAGAAGGAGAAGCCCAGUUGUAAGGAGGACCAGGAACCCAGCGACUUCAUGCCUAUUAUGCUGUUCUUUUUGGCGCAGUUUGUCUGUGGCAUUGGAUGCACCUUGUUCUAUACUUUGGGCCUGUCCUACAUGGAUGACAACUCUAAGAAGUCGAAGACCCCAGCCAUGAUAAGUUGGUCGGCUUUCCUGCGAAUGCUAGGACCGGCCAUCGGAUACUCUUUAGCCUCGGUGUGUCUUCGCCUAUACAUUGAUCCUUUCAAGGAGCCGCUGAUUACCAAUAAGGAUCCUCGCUGGCUAGGGGCAUGGUGGUUGGGAUGGAUUGUACUGACCGUAAUCCUCUUGAUCUCAGCGUUCUUUGUCGGCAUGUUUCCCAAGGAGAUGCCCAGUGCCAGAGCCAGGCGUAUAAAGGCCGGCACCGGGGUGGAAUCUCAACUGGGAGAGCGAUCUUUUAAAGACAUGGUCCAAACGUUAAAACGACUGGCGGUCAACAAGGUGUACAUCUACAAAACAAUCGGCUCAAACCUGUACUUUUUCGGGUACAUGCCCUACUGGAUAUUCACCCCCAAGUACAUCGAGAUCCAGUUCAGACAGAGCGCUGCCAUGGCCAACAUGGCCACCGGAACCGUUGCAUUAGGCUUCUCUGCUGCAGGAAUCCUCCUCUCGGGCUAUGUGGUGUCAAAGUUUAAGCCCAGUGCCCGGGCCAUGGCCGCCUGGAACUGUGUCGUUGACUACCUGACGGUGGCCGGUAUCAUCUGCUACAUAGUUAUUGGCUGUGAGCCCAGCGACAGGAUGAACUCCAUGGCGACAUUGUCCGCAGGCGACAGCUGCAGUGCCUCCUGUCACUGCGACUACGUGCACUUCGCUCCCGUCUGCAGUCCAGCAAACGAAACAUAUAUAUCCCCCUGCCACGCAGGAUGCUCGGAGAAGUUGACGGAUGACCUAGGACGAGCCUCGUACUCUGGCUGCAAGUGCAUUCCCUCCUCCUUAGCCCCUAACCAGACCUUCCCUGAUGAGAACCAAUUCGCUUCUGAUGGAGUCUGUCCCGUUGACUGCUACGACCAGUUCCUUAUCUACCUGGCCGUCAUGUGUAUUUUAAAGUUCGUGGGAGCCACUGGGCGAUCAACUGAUCUACUGCUGGUCCUGCGCUGUGUUCCAGCAGAGGACAAGACCAUUGCUCUGGGCAUUGGCAGCAUGCUCUUCUCCGUGAUGAGCUUCAUUCCAAGUCCCAUAGUGUUUGGCUGGCUCUUGGACAGCUACUGCCUGGUGUGGGGUAAGACCUGCAGCACAAAGGGAAACUGCUGGCUGUACGAUACCAGUUCUUUGAGGUACACAAUGAAUCUCGUGUCCGCCGUGCUCAUUUUGAUGGGUAGCUUCUGGCACAUUGCCGUUUGGUAUUACGCCAAGGAUAUCAAAAUUUUCGAUGAAGAGGAGGUAAAAGAUAAUCCACGAAAGGAAGAACUAACUGAGCUAAGCGAAAAACCUAUUAAAAGUGAUACAAAUUAAAUAAAUACAUUAUACAAAAAUUUAAACAUUUAAAACAAAAAAACAUCUAU